UUUCAAUGUUUACAGUGUAUAGCAUGCUUCAUUUUUUGUCGUAUUAGUAUCAUAUUCAUCUCAAUACCAAUUAAAGUUAAUGACUCAAUAAGUUGAAAUUCCCUGUCAGUAGCUGCCGUUAGACUGCUGGCAAGUGAAAUGUCUCAUGGAGAACUUGCAGUUCUUGAUAACAGGAUUGAAAAUCAGAUGUCAGGUGCUACAUUUGACGUUGGUGGAUCGGAAGAUGAAUAUCGACCAGACGUUCAAGAACAUACUAUGUGGAUAAAUCCAGAUCAUGGAGCCCUUUUUACAAGAGUUGAUUCUGCGGAUUUAAUUUUCAAUCAAAGAAAACAAGCAAAAAUUUAUGGAAAAUAUUUAUUCGGUGAUAUGCUUGGUGAAGGAUCAUAUGGAAAAGUGAAAGAAGUCCUGGACACGGAAACUCUAUGUAGAAGGGCAGUGAAGAUCGUCAAGAAACGAAAGCUGAAAAGAAUUCCAAAUGGAGAAGCGAACGUAAAAAAGGAAAUAGAGCUCUUGCACAAACUACAUCACAAAAACGUUAUUGAACUUGUCGAAGUUAUGUACAACAAGGAAAAACAAAAGUUAUACAUGGUCAUGGAAUUCUGUGUUGCAAACGUACAAGAAAUGCUUGACAGCGCACCACAAAAGAAAUUCCCUGUCUGGCAAAGCCACAACUAUUUCUGUCAACUUAUCAUUGGUUUGAGUUAUUUGCACAGUCAGCAUAUUGUACAUAAAGAUAUCAAGCCUGGAAAUCUAUUGAUCGCCUGUGAUUCUACAUUAAAGAUAUCAGAUUUAGGAGUCGCAGAAGCCCUGAAUAUGUUCUCACAAGAUGAUAAGUGUCGGACUUCUCAAGGUUCUCCGGCAUUUCAACCUCCUGAAAUUGCAAACGGACACGAAUUUUUUCCUGGUUUUAAAGUCGAUAUAUGGUCAAGUGGUGUCACACUGUAUAAUUUUUGCACUGGAUUGUAUCCUUAUGAAGGCAACAACAUUUAUCAAUUGUUUGAAAAUAUAAGUAAAGGAUCGUACACAAUACCUGAUGAAUGCGAUGAACAUCUUCAAACAGUAUUGCAUGGGAUGUUAGAAUACGAUGCUUAUAAAAGAUUCGAUGUCAAUGAUAUUAUGGCAACAGAAUGGUUUCGAAGGAAACAUCCUCGAUUAAAACCUGCGAUUCCGGUUCCCGCUCAUGCUGAAAGUCAAGAUCCACACCGAGGAAUGACUGUUAUACCUUAUAUUGAGGAUCUCCAUGGUUACUUGAAUGACAAUGGAUCCAAUUGCUCCAUGCAGGAGUCUGAAGAUAUUUUUCAAACUGAUCUUGAUCUUCGUCAUCUCAGUAAUCAACUGUUACUGAAUGAUGAUCAGUUUUUAGAAGGUGCUUCUCAAAGUAACAAUGGAUCAGUGCAACACGAUCCCCAUUUUCAAGAUGAAAACGAAACACAUUCCUCUGGGGUUGUAUUAAGACAUCAUCACCAUCAAGGUGAUGUAUCUUCUCAGCACAAUCACAGUCGGGCAGAAUCUACAAAUGUACAUUCAAAUAGCGAACAUUCUGACCUUCCAGCGUCCAGUGCAUCCGGUGCCAAGAAAAAUAAAUCAGAAACAAACGAAAAAUGUUCUUCUAAAAGCGGGAGUCACAAUGCAGUCAAUGAAAAAACGCAUGGAAAAUCCAAUAAGCGAAUUAAGUCAAUGUGUAAUAUUACUUAAUAUGAUUUUUUUUACUUAAUAUUUUAAAAAAAUAGAAUGUUUCAACAUGAAAUUUCAAGUUAAUAUCGUUUUUGUCCGCUUCAAAAGUUUUGUUAACUUUGUACUUACUGAGUAUUUGUAUUAUUGUGUUUCCCAAACUGAAUAUCACAGCUAUGGAUGUGACCAACAACAGAUUUAUCGCUUAAAACAUAUUCCACACAAAAAAAGAUAAAAAGUUUUAUCUUGAUAAACUCAGUCAGUCAAGUCGUUUUUUAAAUCUUAUUCAUCACAGUAUCAAAUAUGUUUUUGGGUCGUGCCAUAAAUUUUUGGGGAACCACUGUACUAGACAAUAUGUUAGUGAUUUCAUCAACUUUCGACCAUUGUUUAGAAAAUUAUUUCUUUGUCUACUUGAGUAUUGCUAGUUCAAUAUUUAUUAUUCAUAUUUACAAUAAUGAAUACCAUUAUUAUUAUUGGUAUUAUUCAUAAUAACAAUAAAUGCCAGAUUUAUUAUUGUUAGGUAUUCCUGCCAUUAUAAUUUGGGUUUAGUUGAUCAAGUAUGUUAUCUCGACACGAUAAUAAGAUGAUUCCCACUAGCAACUUUACCUUCAUGUCACACUGUGGCAGAAUCGAAGACGUUUUUGAAAUUUUCUCAGUAUCAAGUUCUAUGAAUAUUAGUAUCAGUAAAACACCUAUAUUACGGCCACUUUGUAUGUACAUUUACUGUUUUGAUAUCAAGCCUUAAAACCAGACAUAUUCAUAUACAAAUGUAGAAUUCUUGCAUUUAUGGAGUAAAACUUGACCUAACCAUUAUUGCAUUGAAAAAAUAAUGAGGUAUACCAGAAACGCAGGUUACACUUCUCUGAUUAAAGUCUCAUGCCCACCAACUUACCCAGGAUGUAAUAAAUUGGUUAGGCAUUGGUGAACUGGAAAUUCCUUGUCCAUCCAGAAUUAGUAGCUCUUUAUGUAUCACUGCCGCUUGUUAUAGGGCCUACGAUAGGUGUGAUUGGAGUCAGAUAAAAAUGUCUAUUAUGUUUUAUUAUCCCAAUCAAAACAUGUUUUGAAUAGCAUCAAUUCAAACAUUUUCUUUGGACUUACCUAUAUUCAAUAACAUGGUGAUCAUAAAUCUGAAGUGGCUCAAAGUGAAAAUACUGUCGGUACACAAUACUCUGUAACAUUUUUGUGGUGUUUCAAAAACGCGAAUUCUUUUUCAUUGUGUCAUGUUUUACUGCUUUUUCUUUCCUGCUUACUUAUUUGUUCGUUGUAUUGCGCACUGUUAUCUGUAAUUGCAAAACUUUUUUAUGUUCCGUCUGUUAUUUUGUAAUUGUCAAACUGGGCAAGGUGUGCUUCCGUUUUUUGCUGGUAGACAUGGGAAUUUUUUUUUUCAAAUGCUUUUUUCCAAAAGUAUUUUUAACUUGAAGAAUUAGGUACAAAAGAUUCAAUUCUCAAUUGCGUUUUUGAUUAUCUGUUGAUGGCCACCUUCUGGGUCAAAAAACUGUUGGUUGGCCGCAGCUAUUCUGCAAAAUCCCCAACAUACAGCUGUGAAUAGCAAAUUAAAUACCGGUAAUUGGAAUAAAUUACUGUAUAACAUUUUGUGUGUACACUGUAAAGAUUAAUAAAGCAACUGCCAUUUGCAGUAAUAGUUUUGUAUACUACCCUAGUCAAGAAUUAAGGUCAAUAGUCAAUUUUUAUGCUAUUUGGGGGUUUACAUAUCCACUGCCCAUGACACAUCUAUCAGCAUAUUUGGAUUUCAAUAGCUUUGUACAAUGCUUACUAGGUUUAUAUCCUACGAUUCUAAACAGUUUCUUCUGUUUGUAAUGUGAAAAAACAAUUCAGUUCGGUCUCUAUAUAUUGUUUAAUAUAGUUUGAUGGGACUACUCUUAUGGGUGGGAAUAAAUAGCUUGAUAUUCAUGAAGUUCGAAGCACUUUUAAAUUAAAUAAUUAUGCAACAAAAUGGUGAUUUUUGUUAUAAUUUGACGAAAUUCGCAGAUUUUUGCUGAAUUGGACGCUGAUUUCUUUUUAGUGAAACUGCAUUUUUGUUGGUGCGUCUGUCGGAUGAAGACAAUUAUAUGAGUCAUAAUAUUUCGGUCUGGGAGUCAUGCUACUCACUGGUACUAUUUGCUUCCACGCCAUGAAAAAUAUUAUUAGUCUGUAAGUAGGUUGAAAUUGUAAUUGUUGGAAAUGUUUUGCUUCUAUUUUUAGCACUUUACUGCUUCAUUUUCAAAUACAACAUUGAUACAAAUGAU